GGCAGUGCUGGCUUGGUGGCUGGGUACAGGGUGGUUGAAAAAGUCACUUGACCUUGACACAGUGGAAUGGAACCACAUCUCUUCAGUCUACUGCUUUUCUCUACAGCGCACCCCUCACACAUUAGAAGCACCUCGCUACAGUCAGCUUGAAAAGCAGGUUAUAAUAUCUGCUUGGAUCAUUGGAUCGGGUGAGGGUCCCUCAACAUCAAAAUCCCACUGAGGUCUGAGAGCAGUGAUGCUGCAGGGUGGGUGUGUGGGUAGCUGGCUGUGGAGAUCGAAUCCCUGAGUUGACCGGGAGGGACGAGUUGAGAACUAGCCUGCAGUGGAGCAGAGAGAAGAAACGGAGCAGACUGAUACACACUCACUCAGAAGCUGUGUUCACUGGCUCACAGUCCAUCUACAGCACAACACCCCAUUCUCACCAUGCUAGGCUGGGACAUCUGGGCAAUUCUUUCCUUUACUGCUGUUCUCUCUGAGGCAUUCCCUCUGACCAACAUCAAGAUCACACAAGCUCUGCCACUGCAGCUGGCGGACUCUAGCCAGCCAGCCCUCUGCCCUCUCUUCUGGACGGAGUUUGAAGGUCAUUGUUACCGUUUCUUCCCGCUGAACCGAACCUGGGCUGAGGCUGACCUCUACUGCGCUGAGUUCUCCAACGGCCACAAGUCAGCCAAGCUCCCAUCCAUACACAGCUGGGAAGAGAAUGUUUUUGUCUAUGAUCUGGUGAACAGUCGCAUCCCUGGCAUCCCCACAGACAUCUGGAUCGGACUCCAUGACCGGAGACAGGAAGGCACUCUGGAGUGGACGGAUGGCUCCCCCUAUGAGUACAGUUACUGGGAUGGGAACCAGCCGGACGAUGGCAUCCAUCGCAUCCCAGAGGAGGAGGACUGUGUGGAGAUCUGGUACCGACAGAGCAGUGCUCUGAGAUCCUGGAAUGAUAACAGCUGUGACAAAGCCUUUCCCUUCGUCUGUAAAAUCCCCACACUGGAGAAUUAGCCCCCCCCCCCCCAGCUUGUGUCCGUUCCUGAAGAGAACUCCUUCCCUUGGCCCCCCACACCUCCACCUCUCCAGCACUGGCAUCCAGUUCUGACCCUGUGAGACAUUGCUUGCAAUCGGCCAGUGAAACCCAGCCAGGCCCUUACACUCUCUGGAGCCUGCACACAUCUGAUCCUCGUUUGAAGCACAACAAUUUAUUGCUUGUACUCAGGUCUCUGAAGGGACUCUAAUUGUUUAUGAUUUUAUUUGGAAAGGUUUAUGACUUUUAAUAAACAUGCAGCUGUUCUCAUGGUCAGAAUGUUGCUCAGUUGGGUGUGCCUGGAGUGAAGGGCAGGGGGUCAUUGAUAGAGAUGUCAUUCCUCAUACACUUUCUAAAUGCACAUAAGACUGCAAAGAAUAUUCUGGGAUACCAUUCCUUAAGAGCCCAAAGAGGUUUCCUGCCUGCCUGGGAUACACAAACUUAAUAAUUCAAAAUGUCACUUUGUCUUCUCUUAGCAUCACUGUUUCUAAAUCAGUAUUACUGUAAUAUAAAAUGUAAAGGAAAUUUGUUACCAGACAAUUAUAUUUAUAAGACGCAGCAUGUGUUUUUGCAAUCUGCUGCACUUUCUUUUUAAUUGAAACAUAAUUAAGAAACCUGUUACUGUUAAAUGAGUAUUUUUUUUUCUAUCUAUCUUCUCACAUUCCUGUCCAUUUACUAUAGUGGGUGGAGCUAUGUAAUGCUAAUAAAACUGUUUACUACCCUG